GCACUUGGGGGGGUCCUUCUGUGUUCUCACUGCAGGGGUAGGACCCAUAAAGGGAGCUGCUCUGCUACCCCAGCUUGUUGAGUCAAACUGGAUUUUGCUGGGAUGCCUACCGGGGUCAAGACACGGACAUUCACUGGAGCAUCUGUUAGGAAUCUAAACAACUUACUGGCCAUUUGCUAAUUAUAGUAUUUCCCCUGCCCAUCUAAACUGAUGGACUAAAUUAGAACUGAGAAUUAGAAAUGCUCAGUUCAAUCUGCAAAAUCUGACAUUUUUCCCUUAAGAAUUCCCAAACCAAUCUCUUGGACUCACCCCUUCAGUUGUAGAGAACUUUCUGCUUAGGAGACACUGACAGGCUGUGCUGGGUCGUCAGGGUCCUUCAGAACAUUUGAGGCAAUAGUGUUUCAAAACAAUGCCAGUGCAGACUCUCAAAGGCCAAGAUAUGGACUGGGUGACCUUCUAGAUCUCUCUAAAGGCCCUCUGACCCUCACGUGGGGGGAAGAGUGUCCUCUGAGCCCAGCCCCUGCGUCUAGGCCUGCUACUGACUUUACGGUGGCUCUCGGUCCCGUGGCCCUGAGCCAGGAGCCCGCCCAGAGCCCCUCAAAGGCAGCUGUGUUCUCAGGCCUGGUGCACGGCCAGGGGAAGUUGGUCCAGUUAGGCUGUGGCCUUGCCUCCAGUCGCUCGUGGUCAGGUCUGAUUGCCAGCCCUCCCUGCGGGCACUCCUGCCAGGGAGGGAGGGCUGGGAGAGCAGCCCGCUGUGCUGGGUGCAGUGACUCAGAGUUACCUGUUCUAGGGCUCCCUGCCAACUCUGCAGAUGGGGCCGGAGGGGACAUGAUUUUUGCUCCUAAGCUUUCCUUGGGUGCAUUGGGCUUUGAUCCCUUCCUGAUGAACUGCCUUUUAAGGGUCCUCCAAGUUUCCCCUGAAAUAGGGAUUUUCCACCUUGAUUGUUUUCCCUUGGGGGUGUGGUCUGGUGCUCUCCAGGACCCUGACUGUGUGGGUCUUCUCCUCUUCCAGCCCAGUGACUGGGACGAUGACACCCUAUGUGAUCUUUGUGGCCUCUGCUUGGUCCUCUCAGGGGUCCUGAACACGAGGGCGCUGACCCUCACCGGGCUUGGGAAAGUGCUGAGUACAGCACUCGCCACAAAUGCGAGUGCCCUUCUCCGCCCAGGAAUGCUGGUCUCAAAUGAGCACUAACAUUUGCCUGGUGCUUUCUGUUUGCAGUGUCCCCCUCUAUUCCCCGCAGGCACCCCCAGGCAGCCAAGCUUGCUGUGAGGCCUCUGGGACCGGCCCACUUGUCCAGUCCUGUCCCUGGGUGGGUGGGAGGUGGUAGUGACGGCAGAUGGGCGUGCCGCCUGCCAGAUUCCUGCGGCCUGCCCUGCAGUGGGCCACGCCCAGCCGGGGAGUCUCCCGAGGUGAGGCUGUCGUUGAAAACCCGAGAGCCAGGAGGGGAGACCCCCACAUUCAAGGGGCGCUCUAGGAGACGCAAUCUGGAGAAAGAACAGCAACGGCACGGAGCAAGGUGAGGUCCUCGCAGGGAGCACCCCGCCGGCUGAAGAUGAGGCCGCUCCUUCUCCUGUGGUUUGUCUUGCUCAGCCUCCCGUGUGCCCAGCCAGCCUGCUCCCGUGGGGCCUGCUAUCCACCUGUUGGGGACCUGCUCAUUGGGAGGACCCAGUUUCUCCGAGCUUCAUCCACCUGUGGCCUGACCAAGCCUGAGACCUACUGCACUCAGUACGGCGAGUGGCAGAUGAAAUGCUGCAAAUGUGACUCCAGGUUGCCUCACAAUUACAACAGUCAUCGAGUGGAGAACGUGGCUUCGUCCUCAGGCCCUAUGCGCUGGUGGCAGUCACAGAAUGAUGUGAACCCCGUCUCUCUGCAGCUGGACCUGGACAGGAGACUCCAGCUUCAAGACAUCAUGAUGGAUUUUAAGGGGCCCAUGCCAGCUGGAAUGCUGAUUGAACGCUCCUCGGACUUUGGCAAAACCUGGCAGGUGUACCAGUACCUGGCUGCUGACUGCACCUCCACCUUUCCCUGGGUCCACCAGGGCCAGCCUCAGAGCUGGCAGGACAUCCGGUGCCAGUCCCUGCCCCAGAGGCACCUAGAUGGGGGGAAGGUCCAGCUUGACCUAAUGGACUUAGCGUCUGGGAUUCCAGCAACUCGAAGCCAAAAAGUUCAAGAACUGGGGACAAUCACAAACUUGAGAGUCAACUUCACCAGGCUGGCUCCUGUACCCCAACGAGGCUACCAUCCCCCCAGCGCCUACUAUGCUGUGUCCCAGCUACGUCUGCAGGGGACCUGCUUCUGCUACGGCCAUGCUGACCACUGCGCCCCCAAGCCCGGAGCCCCUGCCGACCCGUCCUCCGUGGUGCAGGUCCAUGAUAUCUGCGUGUGCCAGCACAACACUGCUGGCCCCAAUUGUGAACGCUGUGCCCCCUUCUACAACAAUCAGCCCUGGAGACCUGCAGAUGACCAGAACCCCCACGAAUGCCAAAGGUGUGACUGCAACGGGCACUCAGAGACGUGUCACUUUGACCCAGCUGUAUUUGCUGCCAGCCAGGGUGCACAUGGAGGUGUGUGUGACAACUGCCGGGACCACACUGAGGGCAGGAACUGUGAGCGGUGUCAGCUGCACUACUUCCAGAACCGGCGUCCUGGUGUUCCCGUUCAGGAGACCUGUAUCCCCUGUGAAUGUGAUCCGGAUGGGGCCGUGCCGGGAGCUCCUUGUGACCCAGUGACCGGGCAGUGCAUGUGCAAGGAGCAUGUGCAGGGGGAGCGCUGUGACCUAUGCAAGCCGGGCUUUACAGGGCUCACCCACACCAACCCAAAGGGUUGCCACCGCUGUGACUGCAGCGUCAUGGGGUCCCGGCCGGACAUGCCAUGCGAUGAGGAGAGUGGGCGCUGCCUGUGUCUGCCCCACGUGGUGGGCCCCAAAUGUGACCAGUGUGCUCCCCACCACUGGAAGCUGGCCAGCGGCCAGGGCUGUGAGCCGUGUGCCUGCGACCCGCACAAUGCCCUCAGCCCCCAGUGCAACCAGUUCACAGGGCAGUGCCCCUGCCGGGAAGGGUUUGGUGGCCUGACAUGCAGUGCUGCGGCCAUCCGCCAGUGUCCAGACAGGACCUAUGGAGAAGCAGCCACUGGGUGCCGAGCCUGUGACUGUGACUUCCGGGGAACACAAGGCCCAGGCUGUGACAAGGGCUCGGGUCGCUGCCUCUGCCACCAGGGCUUGACCGGACCUCACUGUGACCAGUGCCAGCGAGGCUUCUGCAACCGCUACCCAGUGUGCAUGGCCUGCCACCCUUACCUUGACACAGACGUGGCCACCAUGCAGGAGGUCAGAGAGGCUGUGCUGGCCCUGUGGCUGCCCACAGACUCUGCCACAGUCCUGAAGAGGAUGAGUGGGAUCCAGGCCAUUGCAGCCAGGCUCCCCAACGUGGGCCUGGUGCUGUCCCAGACCAAGCAGGACAUCGCCUGGGCUCACAGGCUCCAGGAUGAGGCUGAGAAGGCCAGGAGCCGAGCCCAGGCAGUGGAGGGCCAGGUGGAGGAUGUGGUGGGGAACCUGCGGCAGGGCACCGUGGCGCUGCAGGAGGCCCAGGACACCAUGCAGGGCACCCGCCGUUCCCUUCAGCUUAUGCAGGACAGGGUUGCUGAGGUUCAGCAGGUCCUGGGGCCAGCGGAAAGACUGGUGAGCAGCAUGAAGGAGCAGCUGGGUGACUUACGAGCUCGGACGGAGGCGCUCCGGAGCCAGGCAGGGCAGCAGCGAGCGCAGGCAGCCCGGGCCCAGCAGCUCGCAGAGGGCGCCAGCCAGCAGGCACUGAGUGCCCAGGAGGGAUUUGAGAGAAUAAAGAAAAAAUAUGCAGAAUUGAAGGACCAGUUGGGGCAGAGCCCCAUGCUGGGUGAGCAGGGCAGCCGGAUCCUGAGCAUCAAGACGGAGGCAGAGGAACUGUUUGGGGAGACCAUGGAGAUGAUGGACAGGAUGAAAGCUUCGGGGAGGUGGCUGGGCUCCCCCAGUCUGAUGGGCUGCUAUCUUCCAGACCCUGACACAGAUGCGGCCACCAUCCAGGAGGUCAGCGAGGCUGUGCUGGCCCUGUGGCUGCCCACAGACUCUGCCACGGUCCUGAAGAAGAUGAGUGAGAUCCAGGCCAUUGCAGCCAGGCUCCCCAACGUGGACCUGGUGCUGUCCCAGACCAAGCAGGACAUCGCCCGGGCUCGCCGGCUCCAGGAUGAGGCUGAGAAGGCCAGGAGCCGAGCCCAGGCAGUGGAGGGCCAGGUGGAGGAUGUGGUGGGGAACCUGCGGCAGGGCACCGUGGCGCUGCAGGAGGCCCAGGACACCAUGCAGGGCACCCGCCGUUCCCUUCAGCUUAUGCAGGACAGGGUUGCUGAGGUUCAGCAGGUCCUGGGGCCAGCGGAAAGACUGGUGAGCAGCAUGAAGGAGCAGCUGGGUGACUUACGAGCUCGGACGGAGGCGCUCCGGAGCCAGGCAGGGCAGCAGCGAGCGCAGGCAGCCCGGGCCCAGCAGCUCGCAGAGGGCGCCAGCCAGCAGGCACUGAGUGCCCAGGAGGGAUUUGAAAGAAUAAAAAAAUAUGCAGAAUUGAAGGACCAGUUGGGGCAGAGCCCCAUGCUGGGUGAGCAGGGCAGCCGGAUCCUGAGUAUCAAGACGGAGGCAGAGGAACUGUUUGGGGAGACCAUGGAGAUGAUGGACAGGAUGAAAGACAUGGAGUUGGAGCUGCUUCAGGGGAGCCAGGCCGUCAUGCUUCGCUCAGCGGACCUGUCAGGGCUGGAGAAAUACGUGGAGAAGAUUCGCAACCACAUCAACGGGCGCGUGCUCUACUAUGCCACCUGCAAGUGAUGCUCUGGCUUCCAGCCCCUGGCCCCAAUCAUCUGCCCUCUGUGCUUUUGGGGGGCAGACUGGAUUGGAAUACUUUCCAGCUCCAGGAGACUUUUAUGCAGCCUAAAGCACAGCCUGGCCAACCCCUGGUGUGCACCUAUUGAGAUCAUUCUGGGCUGCAGCUGAGCCUGAGCUGAUGGGACCCAGCUGGUGGAGGCGGGCUGUGUCAUGGGGGGGAAGCUUGGCUGGGCAGUAGUGUUCCUGCCCUUCAUCCUCCACUGAGGCUGAAUCCUGGAUCCACACAAACUCUUAACAGAAAAUGAUAUACAAGUGAAAAGCCCAAUAAACAUCUGUGGAAAGAACCCUGGAGGUUCAAAGAGGGAAAAUGGUCUGUCUCCCCAUUAAAUAAAGCUUCGUCACUUGUUUCUGUCUCCCA